GUGCGCACGUCCGAUCCGGGCCCAUCAUGCGUCAAGGAUUCGCCUCCGGCUGCCGCCCAACUAAACUACACUACACGGCGCAUGGUCCCGGCCCCAGCGCGACCUAUCCGCGCGGCCAACGUGCACUACCGGGCCUACUGCCUUCCACGUCCUACGCUACGCGUCUUUCCUGGCGACCUACUCUCUCUCUCUCUCUCUCUCUCUCUGUGUCUGUGUCUGUGGUUCGCUCUCUCUCUCUCUCUGUGUCUGUGUCUGUGGUUCGGGCUUUGGUGCUACCUGCUCCGUGCUUGGUGCUUUGUGCUUGGAGCUACGUGCUUCGUGCUUCGGGCUUGGAGCCACUUGCUAGUGCUACUAGCUACGCGCUACGAAUUGGUGGAACUCCCCUUUCUCUCUCAUGGGUCCUACGUGAUUCGUGGUUGGAGCUACGUGCUACAUGUUUCGCGCAACGUGCUAAGUGCUAGAAUCCAUGUCAUCAUAUCCACAUAGUCGCAACCCUGGGAGCGUGCCUUCUGAAGGUGGAGGAGGAGGGAGUGCGGGGGGUGGUGGUUGGAGAGGAGGUCGAGGAGAGGAGAGGGGCAAGAGUGGAGGUGGUGCAGGGGGGCGAGGAGAUGACGGUAGUAGUCAUUCGCAGCCAAGACGUGGAAGUGCUGGCUUGGUGCCAUCGAAGUCGACUCUUUAUGUGGGAAAUUUAGAUUACGCACUGACGAACAAUGACCUGCACACUAUCUUUAGCACAUGUGGUCAUGUUGGUAAAGUCUCCAUCGUGAAGCACAGAUCCACGAGGGAAAGUACUGGCGUUGCUUUCAUACUGUACACGAAGAGAGAAGAUGCAAUCAGUGCUGUCGGGAUUAUGAAUGGCAAAGUUCUGAAUGGAAGAACGUUGAAGGUUUGUAUCGCUAAAGAUAACGGAAGAGCAAAGGAGUUCAUCAAACGAAAGGUCUACAAAGACAAAAGCCGCUGUUACGAGUGUGGCGAGUUCGGCCACCUUUCCUACGAUUGCCCAAAGAAUUUGUUGGGAUCCAGAGUACGACCUUUGAAAAAGAAGCAAAGGAAAGUGCAGCAGCCUGGAGUGCGGCCGCCUAGACAGGGUGCUGUUGCACGGCCGCAGCCAUCAAGGCCAGGUGCAGGUAAUGAUGAAGAGGCUGAUGACGAAGAGGAAGAAGAUGAUGAAGAUGCCAUGGAGUUCGAGGAUGAUGGAUGGGGAUCUGUGGUUGCACCAAGGCCUGCAUGGGGUUCCUCAUCUCAGCCUCAGGAUGCAAAUCCGGUGGCUAGGGGAUUGAAAGGCCCAAGAAAGAGGACAGGCUAUUUCAGUGACGAGAGUGGCGAAGACUGAUUUUGAUGGGACAAGUAAGUGCGGUGUUUGAUGAAUUCUUGUCAAUUGUGUA